AUGGCGCGCAUGAGAAAAGGUGUAUUCUCGUGGGAGGACGUGCUCGCUCAGCGAUAUCAGAGUCAGUGUGAUCUCCUACCCAAUGGCUUCCAGUAUGGCCUAUCCAUUCUAACCUCUGCGCACGCGACAGGCAACAAACCCGCUUCCCUCCAACAUCGUCACCAUACGAUCCCAACCCCCGCACAGCAACCCCAAUGCCGACUUCUCUCCCUCUCCGCGGAACUGCGAAUGAUGGUCUGGGAACAUGUCCUAGGCCACCACCGUCUUCACAUCAUCCAGCGAAGCCCCCAACGCCUCGGCUAUAUCAUCUGCCCACUAGACGCGACAGGAAUGCCCGAUAAAGCAGCGCAUGCGGAGAACCCCUUCUGCGAGAUCUGUCAAGGCGGGGGAAUCCCCCAACCCGCAAAAGAAGCCGACCUAGUUCGAGCGAGAGGCGCGAAUAGAACCAAGCUUCUCGCGCUAGCAUUGACAUCCAGACAAAUAUCUCUCGAAUCCACCCACCUGCUCUACAAACUCAAUACCUUCGAGUUUAGCAACCCGUGGACGCUACCUUAUUUCCGCCCCACACUCCUCCCCGAGUCCUGGGAAGACAUCCGCUCCGUCGAGCUGCGCUGGGCUUUUCCGGGUCACUGGUUACCGACGAAAGACCCUGUUCGCGCGGUCUAUGUCGCCGCAGGCCGGGCGCAGUGGCUCGAGACGUGUCGGGCUUUGAACGGAUUACCAACCUUGAGAUCAUUUGUGCUCGUGCUGGGGAAUAACUGGUUCAGCGAGCCCGUGGAGAAACUACCUAUCUUUCUCGAGCCACUGCGUGGUCUGACAAUUCAGCGUCCACGGCAUGCCAGUGGUGGGUGGAGCGAUGACUCCAUCUCAUCAAAGGCUGGGCGGAAAGACUCCAGCUCUAGCGAGGGGUUGGAUUUGAUACGUAUCACACACGGAUACGAACCCAGUCUGCGCUUGUCGCCAGCAUCGUGCUCCGCCUGUCUUCGUCCGUUGGUUUCAGCCGAGGCUGUGUCGGAUAUAUCCGCGCCGUUGGGACGGCCAGCGUGGGAACUGCGAUUGCAGGGCCAAUCGUAUUAUGUGCAUGAGAUGGGGCGAGUUGGUGAUGAUCUUCGGCGGAGGGGGAUCGACUGUGUUAUCUCCGUGGUGUGA